UUGGCUAACCUGCUCCAUCGGCGCCGAGUGGUGCGGCAAUGCCGGCGCUCUUGGCCACCAUCCUCACCGCAUCCUCCUCUUCCCGCUCUCCUGCCCGCGGCGCUGCCCCAGCAAGAACAUGCCUCUCCAUCGCCGUCCGUCGCCCAUCGUUCCCAAGUCGCUGCCGCCGUGGCCGCGGCAAAAAACCCAACCCCGGACCCACCGCGCCACCGUUGCUCUUGCUCCCGCGGAGCUUGCUCCCGCUGUGGCUGGACCGGUGCCUCCACCUCCACGCCCUCGCCGCUGCUGGCCUCGCGCUCGCGCUCGCCGCGUCGCUUCUCCCGGCUGCCCACGCCUCCUCCUCUGUGGGUGCGCGUUCACCGCUGGACGCCGCCGCGUACCCCUGCGAAGAUGUCAGGCGCUACUACGUUGGCCUUGAUGGCCUGGCUGGCGAUGAGCUGAGGACGAAGCUCGCCGCCGUCGUCUCGCCUCACGCCGCCCUGCGGUACAAAGAUGUGUGGGAGGCGCUCAAGAUUCUGGAUGCAGCUGAUGCAGAACACCCUGAGGCAUCCUCUGAAGUGAUUGAGAUAUACUCGCAGAGAGCAGCGCCGAAGAUCUUAGCAGGCAAACCAGAUGGAUGGAAUAGGGAACACCUGUGGCCUCGAUCAUAUGGCCUAACUUACGGCCCAUCACUAACUGAUCUUCACAACAUACGUCCUGCGGAUGUCAAUGGUCAGCUAGUAAACUCUUCAAGGGGAAACAAAUAUUUUGGAGAAUGUACUGCGACAUCAAUAAAUUGUGUGAGGCCAGCAAAUCAUGAAGCCGCAUCUGACACUGAGACAGACACUGAAAAGUGGGCACCUCCUUUUCAGGUGCGCGGGGAUGUGGCUAGGUCCCUGAUGUACAUGGCAGUAAGCUAUGGGUCUGGCCAGAAGGAUGGAGCUCCACAUCUGGAGCUUUCUGAUUCACCAAGUAUUCAAAGAAGAAAGAUGGGUCUGCUAUCAGCCCUUCUACGGUGGAAUGAACUUGAUCCGCCAUCAAGAUCUGAGCAGCUUAGAAAUGACAGAGUUUGCAACCUUUACCAGCAUAAUCGAAAUCCUUUUGUCGAUCAUCCAGAAUAUGCAAAUCUUAUAUGGAGGAACCCUCCUGCCGAAAGUUCACCUUUCACAGGAAAAUCACAGAAGGCUUGGGUCAAUGAGUUCCACUAUGAAAAUAAAGGCAAAGACGAGAAUGAGUGCCAUCACUUCUGUUCAUUGCAGAUCUUUUCAGCCAUUGCAUUACAAAUCCAUUGAGACUGAUCAUGAGGUCGGUGAAAAUCGAAGGAGACUGGGGAUUGCAAGCGAGAUAGGAGCCCUUGAGGGAGGCAUGAUAGCUGUCGCGCACGAUCUCUUGUCUAGCUCGCAUCAUAUCAGAAUCAUGGUCUCCUAUCUUGUUUCAUUUCCACCACCCUCAUGAAUAAAUGGUCAAAAUGCACCAUCGAUUCAUAAUGCAGGAGAUAAAAGGACUCCUAAUGAACACAGAACAGAGUAAGAGACAGAUGUGAUGACAUAACUGAUCUAUGAAAGGAAGAAGCUCUGGGUGGUUCGAUGGGUAGGUCGAGCACAAUACCGAAUGUUUUAAUUGUUGACCUGUCCAGGCUUUGCUGUAUUAGCAAGCGAAUGACCUAUAUCCGGUGUCCCUAUUAGUUCAUUUCCUCAGAUCGGUGCCCCACUUCCAUGCGAGGAAUAAUUCUGCUGACCUCCAUUUCAAUUACUUUGGAGUUUGGAUGCUUUUUGUAAUUAUUCGCUCCUAUAUUCUCUUGUCGAAUGAUAACGAAUGCUCCAAAGUUUCAGAAACUCCUAGUAUGCAAAAGGGAUCCUUGCCAUUUUCA